AUGCUUUCCCUAACCGUUUGGUUGAGUAUUUUGUCGUUGGCGAGUGCAAGUCCGGGUCGUUUUCCUCGUGUCACUCCAGCUCCAUAUUAUGAUUCUCACUCAAGCACGGGAUCUUACAGUGCUAGUUGGAUGAACUAUACAGCAGUACCGGGAUUCUUUUUGCAGGAUGAAGCAACGACUGUUUCAUCGACUUUCGAUUAUGCUCAAUGGAACUUUGGUCUUCUCAACCGAACCUAUCCAACAGACUCCCUAUGCGCCAAAGAUGCAACACAAUGGCAGAAGUUUGAAAAAUAUGUUGAUUCUUUGAACCACAAAUCUACCAGAAAUGUGAAUUACAAGGUUUUGUUCAUGGGGAGACAUGGUGAAGGGUGGCACAAUGCAGCUGAAACCUAUUACGGGACUCCUGCUUGUUAUUAUUCCGAAUUGGAUGGAAAUGCCACCGUCACUUGGGCAGACGCACAUUUGGAUCCUAAUGGAAUUGCUCAAGCCCAAAAAGCAGCCAAGUACUGGCUCUCUCGCAUCCAGCUCCAAAAUAUCCCACUCCCACAAUCCUACUAUACCUCCCCUCUAUACCGCUGUCUCCAGACCUCCAACAUAACCUUCUCCACUCUCCCCCUCCCCAAAUCUCGUUCCUUCAAGCCUUUAGUCAAAGAACAUUUCCGUGAAGGUAUUUCCGGCCACACCUGUGAUCGACGUAGUAACCGAACAUUUAUCCAUGAAUCGUUCCCCUCUUACAAAAUCGAGAAAGGAUUCUCAGAAAAUGAUCUACUAUGGAAGGCACUUGAGGGUGAAGUUUCUACCGAUCAAGAUAUUAGGAGUAAGAAGGUCUUAGAUGAGGUUUUUGGAAGUAAUGAUCAUACUUGGUUGAGUAUUACGAGUCAUUCGGGGGAAAUUGCUAGUAUUUUGAGAGUUCUACACCACCAAGUCUUCAGCCUAGUCACUGGAGCCAUCAUCCCCGUCCUCAUAAAGGCAGAGACUAUUUCCGGAAACGCGACUUUGACGUCCUCUUUACCUUGGACAAGUAUAUCAACUUGUACGAGUCCGCCGGUAAACACAGCUACUUUGUAA